AUGGUGGUCAUUGUCGACUUGGAGAACGAGGAAGUUGCCCAGACAUUCCACGAGCACAACGCGCAUCUUCUUCCACAUGGCGUCGCGCCGUCUGGAAAGCCAGACGACUACCACGGCCCAUCUCCGCCAAUCGAGAGGUUUUUCUGUAGGAACGUCGUAACUCGCGCAUUUGGACAGUAUCCCAUAGUCAAGUCCGUCGUCCAACACAUCGACCUCAACACCCUCGAUAGUCUCGCCCGAACGUCGUAUCUCAUCCACCAAAGCCUCAUACAGUGCCGGUCUAGCUUGCUCCGUGCAACCCUCCGCUGCGUUAACGACGAUAUCCCCGUCGACCCGGACUCAACACUGCAAUACCGUGCCCGUGCUGGUUAUCAUUACUUCGGCCAGGGCUCCGUCAUCUUAUCCGGGAAUGAUAUUCAGGGCCGGGCCCCUUACAACGGCAAGAGUGGACAAUGUGCUCGAGACCUGGUGAAUGAGUGUCGGAAAUGCGAUGUCCCAGUUUGCAGAAACUGCACUAUCAAACGCCCGAGUCAAAGUAGCUUGAUCGACCGACAUCGAAGACUGUGUCAGACUUGCGCCGAUGCGCCCUUAUCGUCUCUGCUCAACCUACCCACAGACCCAACCAGCCCGCUUUCAUCCGACCUAAUCCAGCGCGAGCUCUGCCAGUGUGAUCAGAAGGUUGGUGUCUGGCUUUGCCAGCCCUGCGGUCGGGGUAUCCGUACCUCUGACUCCGAUUACAGUCGAAUCUGGCGUUGGCGCAAUCAGUACGGCGAAGUUCUCGGAGGGCUCGGUACCGGUAUCGGCGAAGGUGACCGCGGCGUCAUCUGUGGCCGGGAAGGGCAUUGUCUUGCGGCCAAGGAAGUCGAGCAAGAAACGGACUGUGAUGCCGCCGAUGCCCGCGAAGGUUCUCCCUUAAGCAUGGCGUCGUCCUCAGACAACGCUCCCGCCUGGCCAGCGACAUCCCUCUAUUAUCUCAGCGGCGGCGGGAAUGCCAACGGGGUCCACUCGCACCUGGUCGAUGAACGGCGGACGCCGUCGCCUAUGCAGCUCGGUCCGGGGUACGAGCGACACGAGAUUGUCGGCAUCGGCGGCGUUGUGAAGAGGAAGCUGGUGCGCCUGGUGCGCGUCGGUGCCUGCGUACCCGAAUGGGAAGACGAACGAUUGCGGUCGGAGUUCUUGCGCCGAAAUCGGUCGGGUCAAGUUCGCAGCUUCUGUGGCUGGUGCUGCCGCGUCAUCCCGGGCAAGUCGGAUCUCGCGCAGAUUGUAUCCACCGGGACGUGA